AUGUUGGCCCGGUCCCAUGUUUCGUGGCAUGGCCUGUACCAAGACAUCGCUCACUUAGUGCAGAGCUGCCAAAUGUACCAGGAGCAUGAGCGAGCCUCGCGUCAUAUGGAAAUCACCCCCUGGCCGUUCCCACAGAGACCCUGGUCCCGCCUACAUGUAGAUUUUGGGGGACCCUUCAAGAGCCAUUGCUUCCUGGUGGUGGUGCACGCCUUUUCAAAGUGGGUGGAGGUUCUACCUGUCACCACUGCAUUAGCAGGCGCGACCAUUGCAGUGAUACGACAGAUCUUCGCCGCCCAGGGGUUGCGGAUGUCAUCGUGUCCGACAAUGUCCUGUUUCGGCAGCACAGAUUACCUGGCCUGGCUGACGAAGAACGGAAUCCGCCGGAUGAUGGUUCCGCCGUACCACCCUGCUUCAAAUGGUGCAGCCGAGCGACUGGUGCAAACCAUAAAAGACAAGCUCAAGAAGAGCCAGAAAGGGGAUUUCCGGACGCAGAUUGCCGGGAUACUGUUUAAGUUCCAGACCGCGCCUCACGAUGUCACUGGCCGUGCCGACUGUGAGCUCCUGCUGGGUUUGAUGGUCAAGGCACCCGGACGUCUUGCAUCCGGACCUCCGAGCAACAUGGCUUUUGAAGCAACUGAAACAGAAGCUGGCUGCUGA